CAGGCUCCCUCCACUUCCGCUCUUGCGCACCAGGCGGCUGCCUCGGUAGGCGGCAUGGCGUCCUCUCGCUUGCCUCCCACGGCGCUGACCCUGAAGCAGUUCAUGAGAAGGCAACAAGUCCUCCUCCUCUACAGAAAGAUUUUGCGAGCCAUUAGGCAAGUUCCAAGCGAGGCUGACCGAAAGUACCUUCAGGACUGGGCCAGGGAAGAAUUCAAAAGAAACAAAAGUGCCACGGAAGAGGAUACAAUCCGUAUGAUGAUUACUCAAGGCAACAUGCAACUAAAGGAAUUAGAAAGGACAUUGGCUUUAGCAAAAUCUUAACUGAAAGGUUUUCAGAUCCCAUGCCUUUUGCACAGGCUCAAAGCUACCGUCACAAAGCACCUGUAACACAUGGAAAGAUGAUCACACUAAUCACGAAUGCUCAUCAAGGCGUUAACAUGUCCACUGCGGUGGCUGCGAUUACAAAGUGAACUGAUGUGAAGAUGGAAGCUUGGAACCAUGCAUUGCUCAGGUGAAGGUAGCCUAUCAGCAGCCACUUUGGAAAACAGACUAUUAGGUCUUGAAAAGGUAACAAGAUGGGGUUGUAACAAAUAGGUCCAAGGCCAAGAACCUGAGUUUGACUCCUGGGACCCACAUGGUGGAAGGAGAAACCACCACAGAAAGUUGCCCUCUGACCUCCACACAGGCACUGUGGCACAUAAACAAAAACCAAAAAAAAAAAAAAAAAAGUGACACAGAAUUACUUCAAAUUUCAGCAAGUCUUGGCUUUAACCAAGAGAACUGAAACUGAAGCCAUGCCUAUAGAAAGUGUAUACAGAGUUUGUUUUUGUUUUUGAGAUAGGUUUUCACUUUGUAGGCCAGGCUGGCUUCAAACCCGGAGAUCCACCUGCCUCUGCCUCUUGAGUGCUUGGAUUAAAGGUGUGUGCAACCAUGACUACAUGAGUUCAGCAUUCUUCAUGAUAACCAGAUACUGGAUUCAGAAUAUCCAUUAACUGGUACUUGGGUAUAUCAAAUGUAGUGUGUUGUACAAUAAAAUAUUAUUUGCAAUAAAAAUGAGUGAAGAACUGCCUCAUGCUCCCCAUGGGUAACCUUGAUAACACUGUUAAGUUAGAGGAACUAACUAUAAUGCCUCUGCCUCUGCUUCUGCUUGCAGUGGGUACUGCCUUAGGCUGUGGAUAGGACAGAGCUGCUUGGAGGGACUCAGAGGAUAACAGAGUUAGAGUGUGUCGGCUUUACAAUUCUGAACAUUCUAAGAAUAUACUGACAUCUAUUUGAGUGAGAGAAUGUGAUCAAGUUCACAGACACCCUUAGUAUAAAACUGGGGGAUGCCUUGUAAUUCACAGUGUACAUUUCUCCAUUUGCUACAGGAAACACUCUAAUGAAAAUGUUUAUAGCAGACACAAUUGUGUCCAAAUUUUAAAUCAGCUAGAGUCAGAUCUGUAGUUCUCCUGCUUUGAAGGUAAGGUUUACAGUCCAGGGAGAUAAAUGUUUUUGGUUAGAAACAGGAGAGCUUUGUGCCUUUUUCAAUAAACAGUUUUUAAUGACAAGAUACAGGGUAUGUGUGGAUUUUACUGUACCACCUUUAGACUGUAAAAGUAUGGUAUGUCGUGACCACUCUGUCUCAAGCUGUUAAAGAGAUGAGAUCAUUGAAACACCAAAAAGAGGAGGGAAGACUGGGCAGUUCCUCAGCUCCGGCACCCAACAUCCUUGUGGAACACUGAAUCAUCAAGAAAGAUGCUUGAUACACUGCACUUUCUUCAAAAAUUGGGAAAAAGAAAUACAUCACAAAGUUGGCAUCAGGACACUAGAGAUAAAGUUUUUACACCAUUUAGUGAAAUACGUGGAAGUGGAAGCUUGUUGAAGAGUCUGAAGUUAUCCUGGAAGCAGAAGUCCAUGCCCCAUCAACUGAAUACAGAUGCCAGAUUGGGAACCUGACUAGUGUCCUGUACUGGAUGCCUGGAAAGGUGUUGCAAACUGUGCUUGACCUGUAUUCCCCUGCACAGCACCACCUCCUGGAGCCUUAGGGUCCCAUGCACAGUUCUGCAUGAGAGUGAUCGAAUUCAGCAUGUUUUUAUAAGCCAAUCUUGUUUGUUUUUCAAAUACACCGCCUCUGCAAAAACACCUAAGGAGCAUUUGUGAACAAGUUUUGAGUUUUUUGUUUUUGAAACCAGGCCUCCUGUCCUAAUCCUCCAUCCUCCACCUUCUAAGUGCCAGCGUUGUAGAUGUGAGCCACCAUGCUUUCUGUGAACAGUCUUGAAGGGAGAGGAAUUUAAGUAUUCCCUUGUAUUGCUGUGGGAUGUCUUUCUGUAGGCUGUGAAUAUGUGUGGCUCUCAUUGGAUAAUAAAUAAAGCUGUUUUG